UGGAGCCACAUUACAGUGUGGCUGCAGACGCCCGCCGCCACGGACGCGACACUACCCGCGCCCAAAUCCUCAGGAUUUAUACUUGCACUGUAGGAUCCCUUCAAUAUACUUAAGACACAUCAACAACAGCGGGAGGAAAGUUUCCGGGAAAGACAGCUAGUGUUAUAACGGUGCAGGGAAGUGUGGAGGAUGUGUUCAGCCGUGGUGCAAGGGGUGAUGGCGGCGACACUGCUGGCCUCCCUAGCGGCAGGUCAGCGGAUACAAACGGUGGAGUUGGCAGACUCGCGGUACUUCAUCUCCAACGCGUCGCCAUACUCGCCGAAGUUCAACUGGUUCUUGGCCUACGAGUAUUGCCGCACCAUCGGCAUGGAGCUCCUCAGCUUCGAGAGACUCGAAGAAACGCAAGAACUCAACGAGUUCCUCACCACUAAUGAUCACAUCACAAGUGCCUACUGGACAAGCGGUAACCAGCUGGGGUCAGCCAUGUGGAUAUGGAUGAGCACUGGCCAACUCUUCAACACCACCUUCAACUUCUGGGCAGAAGGCGGCGUGGCGCCCAAGAAGUCUGAACGGUCGUGCAUGAGCUCCACGGGAGGUAAUUGGUCAGCAGAGAACUGCAUGGAUGCGAAGCACUUCAUCUGUGAGCAGACUCGCUGCUUCUACUAUAACUACGUCACUACCAACCGCGGCACAACUCAGGGAAAUAAAACCAUCAUUCCUGGAGUCACUCAGGUCCAAAAUAGGCCACCACCUCACCCUCUUAGACCACUGAGAAGACCACCACCACCACCAGUGGACCCUGAGCAAGAGCAGCAACAGCACCCACAAACACAAGAAAAUCAGCCAUUAUCUAAUCCUACUGUAACAUCAACAUCUGCUUCUAAUCAGUCAAUCACUAAUCUGAGCAGAGUUUCAGCCCCAUCGCUCAACAACUCUGCCACCCCACCACCCUUGAAAAUAAUGUCAUUAAUACAGGCAGAUACCAAAGCGGUGGUAACAACAGCUCCGGAGCAAGUCAAGACUAUGCCACCAACACCACAACAAAUCAAGUUGAUAACACCAACAGAACUGAAAGCAGUGAAUCCUGCAAAUGCAACCUACACUAAUGAGAUCUUCCCAAAUCCUCUAGUUUCUCAUCUGCAGCUGUUACAACCCCCAACACAAGAGUUUAUCCCGAGUGAGCCUGAGAUUGUAAAACAUACAAACAAAACGCUUGCUGCUAUCCUCAGUAGGAAGGAAACAUUUAGCUGGGCUCUUAAAGAUCACAGCGCUUAGUGAUUUUAUAGUUUAUAAAAUAUAAAGGUCACUAAUCAUGUAUGUAUUACAAAGAAUUCUGUGCUGAUAUUGUUUCUUGUAGUUUCAUUGUGGCUUAUCAGCUGAAUUAAUAAAAUGUACAGUGUUUCCUCCAGGUCUCCUCUCUCUUUUUUCCAUUUUUAUUACUUUACAUUUAUUUGGAUUGAAUUUCAGCAGUUAUUUACCUGCCAACUUCUGAAAUUUGUCAGGAUCUUUCUACAGAACAAUAUUGGCAGCCAUAAAUCUUACUCUCCUCAUUAACUUUGAGUCUAUAAACAUUAUGUAUGAGCUCAUUCCUCUAGUAAGUCAUUAACAACAAUUAGAAGAAGCAACAGUCCUAAGAUAGGCCCUGGGGAACAACACUUUAUUUACAAUCCUCUCCAUCUUCACAUAUCUCUGAUAAUAACCCUUAGUUCCCUGUCUGUAAUGUACUCCCUUACCCAAUUCAGUAAACAGACUAGGCCAGAGGAUCCAAAACAGAAAACGGUACAUCACUUUCCCGAGCCGCUUUCAUUUUCUAAUAUAAUAUGGCGAUUCUUAGCCUUAGUGUGCAUACGAACAAAAAGCAACAUAAUUAGUAAGAGGACAGGUUGAAUGGUGGCUGUAGUUGUUGUGGUUUUAGUACUGGUUGUGGUGGCUGCUCAGGGAGUGCAAUGUGCACAGGCUUGUGUAAAGAGCUCAGUGUAAUGUGUUCAAGAUGAUCUUAUGAGCACAGGCUUGGGUAAUUAGCAACAUGAAUCAAAUAUAACUGUCCUUUUGUAAAGAGCUAUGUUGUGUCAUUUAUUAAUUUGUAUUUUUCAAGACGAGUAUGAAUGACAUUUACAGGAAUCCCUUCAUGUAAUUUUGUUCACAAAUCACAAUGAAUGACAUGAACUGC